GGCCAAAUAAAAUGAUCAGUUUACAUUCUGCAAUUUUGCUUUUUUUAUGCCUCGUUUACGUGGAAAACCAUUGUAUGAGAGGAGAAAGACAACACAAAGCAUCUUGCUUAAAUUUUCCAUAUUUCAUGAGACAACAAACACCCCUAAGCUACUCUACGCAACCAGCUAAUUUUACAUUUAACAAUGCCUUAACAAGUGAACUAUUGUACAAUGCUUCUCGCAUAGCUACUGAUGCAUGCGAGCAACAAUUCCAACAUCAGCAAUGGAACUGUUCUUUGUCUACCUUUAAUAAGCUAACAAAGCGAGCAUCUCGGGAAACUUCGUUUUUGUUUGCUAUUUAUUCUGCUGGACUUGCCCAUUCCAUAGCUGCUGCCUGUUCUCGAGGUUUAAUUGAAAAUUGUAAAUGUCAUUCAACAAAAAAUAAAAUUUACAGAAUGACAGAAAAAGAAGUUAUAUAUGAAGAUGCAAGCUGUGCUUCCAACAGCAUUGCGUUUGGUAUCACAGAGUCAAGAAAAAUGCUUCAUAAUGAUAAAGAAAAUGACCUAAAAUGGCGAAUCGAUGAACAUAACAAAGAAGCAGGGAGAAAAAUGUUAAACUCAAAUGUACUUAACCGCCAAGUAAGUUGCCAAUGCCACGGAGCUUCUGGUGCUUGUGCAAUAAAAAAAUGCACGCAACAAAUUCCAUCUUUUAAAGCAAUCGGGCAACAAAUUAUGUUAAAGUAUAACAAUGCUAUCCAAGUACAAUCAGAUAACAAUGUAUUCUCGUCAAAACUUAUACCAUAUCGCUUAGAAAAAUUACAAGAAAUAACCGAAAAUGAUUUGGUGUACAAUCAGCCAAGUCCCAACUUUUGUGAGCCAGAUAAACAUUCUGGUAGUUUAGGUACACGAGGAAGAAUCUGCUCAGCUAACAGUACAGGAUCUGACAGUUGCGAUAAACUUUGUUGCAAUCGAGGGUAUUCAGAAAAGACAACUUUUAUUACUGUUUCAUGUCGAUGCAGAUUUGCGUAUUGCUGCGAUGUGAAGUGUGAAACCUGUCAAAAAAAGGUUGUGACUCAGUUCUGCAAUUGAUUGCUGUUCUGCUCAUUAACAUCAAUUAAUUGAACUAAAAAGGGGAAGGUAGAGAGGCUUAAUUUAUUAAAU